AGCACCAACCACCACUACCACACCAGCACCAACUACCACCACCACUACCACUCAAGCCCCAACCACCACUACCACACAAGCACCCACCACGACAGCUGUACCAGCAGCGACGUUGACUCAGGUUGGGACUGGAGCUUGGGUAUGGAUAUGCAAUAACUCAGCCCAAGCUUGGGCACCCAACAUCACCGCUGUCCUCACAUAUCCAGGCGGGCCCUCCUGGGCAUCUCCUGGCUUUUGUAAUGUAAGCAACACUGUGAGCUGCUCCGGUCCUGCGCCAGCACUUGACCCCAACGCCAGCAUGGUGAAGAACUUCACGUUGAGUACCGGUACCGUCUAUGUUGUGUACUGGGAGUGUAUGGACGGGUGGCAGACGGCGUCUGGGGCGCCCGGCGGCCUCGUGCAGUGUACAGGCAGCACUUGGGUCACCACUAAUGACACUUGUGUUAAGGUACCACGGGACUGCUCUGAGGUCGCUGCCAGCAACCUGACUAACAUGAAUGGUCAGAUAUACAAUAUCAGGCCCAGCAACACCACUAUUACCGCGAUGUGUGACCUUACUACAAUGGUGGAAGGUGCCGACGGGGGCUGGACCUUAAUACUACGACACCAGAGCCAGGUUCAAGACCUCUAUCUUACACCCCAGCAAUAUAUGGAGGUCGUCGGGAAGCCCAGUAAUAAUAUCACGGACCCGUCUUAUUUUAUAGGUCUGCAGAACCUUGAAGGUCUUAAUUGGAGACAGAAUGGCAGCCAAGAACCUCUAGUUUUCAAAUUUGUACUGGAGGACGUGAAUGCUGUAUUGACCAGUACUGCCUGUGGCCCCAUAGUCAUUACUCCCAGCAACUACACCCUCCAAAGCGUCGGCCAGUGUCUGGGAAAUGCUAGUGAUCAAGUAUCGGGUACUGUGGGGAGCAGCUUCUGCAAUAAUACAUCAAGCAGCGGCCCAUGCUGGUGGUGUAGUGGUGCUAACUCCUCCACUUGUCAAAAUGGCUUGCUAACAUCUGCAUCACCAGUGUGGGGGUCCAGCACUCUCAAGAGUGUAAUGGUAUGGGCUAGGCCCCUUUCCUACAUACCAGGAUGCCAAACAGCACCACAGGUGUCACUAGCGACCACGGACUGGCAGUCCAGAGUGUGGAAGGUUGGUGAUACAGUGACUGCAACUUGCAUGGGUGGCUUCGCGAGCAGUGCUGGUAACGUCACCUUCCCUGUAACAUGCACGCUCGUUGGCUGGCAACAAGUAGUGUGUGUUAGAGGCAAGUAUAGUAUACCAUUUUAUUAUUCUUUGUAUUCAAAGUAUAUAUGUUGUCCUGAUAUAUAGUGGAUGUACUUUAUAUGUCAAACCUAAUUGCCAUAAUAACCUCACAACUAGUCCUUAGUAGGCUAGUAAGCAAUUAUAAAAAGUAUAAAGCCAGUAUGGCCAUUUUUAUGUAUGGUCUCGCAUUGUUGGGGAAAAGGGGCCCUGAUAGACUUGUUAAGCCUGACCCUAGGCAAGACUUGGGGAGUCGAAGAACUCCAUAAACCCUCUCCAGGUAUGCUCCAGGAAUGGUUGAUGUUAAAGGAGCCAGAUUUGCCUUGGACCUUAUCGAGGGACGUGAUGAAUAGAAACCGCAGACAAGCAUAAUUUCCGAUCAUCCUGUAAAUCAGUACAUUCCACCAGAUGAGUGACUAUAAGCAGAACAAUGUUGUUGCAACAGUAAGAUGGAGGAUUUUUUGUUCUAUAAUAUGUCCAGAGGUUAAUUUUGUGUAGUCAAUACAUAACCAAGACAGUCAUUUCCUAUUUUGACGACAGAAGGAAAGGUAUGGGUGAUGGGUUGCAUUUGGUAGUACUGCAUGCAAUUUAUUACUCACAGUAAUUUAACUGUAAUUCAUUUCGUCUGGGACAAGCAGCCUGUGUAUGUACAGUAUAUGUACAUCCAUACACAGUACUACCAGUACAUACACAGUACAGCCCUGUGUAUAUACUGGUAGUAUCGAGGUCUCCCCCCCCCCUCUACAAGGUCGAACUUUUGAACCUUCCCAGGAUGCAACCCACAACAUUUGCCUAACUCCUGGGUACCUGUUUACUGCUAGAUGAACAGUUGCAUGAGGUGAAAGGAAACUUGUCCAGCCCAAACUCCUUGAUUGCGAGUCGAGGACACAGAUCACUGCGCUACAGAACCCAUCUACACUACCAAACGAUCACAAAAGUCAUUGACUGGCUCGGAACAUAUAAAAUUGCUUAAAGAUCUGCAACAAAAGUACUUUUCUAUGGCGAAAAAUGACUUAUACAAAGGAUAUACAAAAUCAGGAAAGACAUAAGGGAUGAAUCAGCUUGAUCCAUCAGCAGAUUUUGACUCGCUGUAAACAAAGCAAUAUAGUGUGAAAGUCAGCGAAAUUUGUACAGGGAAAAGGAGUUUCAGAACUGAUGGUGGGGGAGGGGGGAGGGGUAGUACAAGUCUUCACUUGAAGGGGUUAGGACUUGGAAAUGUUUAACAAUCAAGACUUUCAAUGGGGAGUAACAUAGGCACUAUUACAGGAAAAGUUAGCCAAGUAUGGGACAUAGGACUCUCAAAGGUAGCAUUCGUCAAAUUAGCACAAUGAAAAAUCUUGUAUAUUUAACAAAAACUAGGUUUACUAUAUAUUAAUAGGAUUUAACAUUUCUAACUAUCUUUCUCUACAUACAGAUUGUAAUUAAGCCUAAUUACAAUCUAUUGUAAUUAGAAGGUAUAGAAGACGAUUGUGCAAAACAAAUCAAUAUAUAUUAGAUCAUUUCAUUUUGACUGGAAAAAGUUAUCCAAUAAUUACACCUGCAGAGAUAUUUUUUUAAUAAUGAAGUAAAAAAAUACUGUAUUGUUUAAUUUUUUUUACAUAGUUUCAUAAAAUAUACUGCAUGAAUAUACUAUACAUGAUAGUACUGUAUUAAACAAUACAGUAAAUGUAAAUUUAUUAAUAUUUGUUACAAGGGAAUGCGUGCAGCGGGUGAAUGAUGAAUGUAUCUUUUAUAUAUGAACUAAAUUGUUAUAUUUGAAGUAAACUGAUAUAUUUAUAACAUGUAUUAUCUUUUACAGCAUUGCAAAUUUUUUUAUUAUGAAACUAAAUAUAUUGUAAAUUCUGUUAAAGUAGAUUAUUUGUAAUUAAAACAAUUUGUUUUAAUCAGAAAGUAAAAAGACGGAAUAAUGUAGUUUAAUUUUCAUGAGAUAACUUCAAGCAUAUUAUUUUACAUUUACUAUCUUGAUAUACAAACUUUAAUUAGAGAAAGUGAUAUUAAAUUUCAUAGUGGUGUGGCGUAAAAUUCUAGAUUUGCUCUUCAUUCUUAUAAAAAACUAAUAAAUUAUACUAGCAUCUAUUUGCAUUUUAUCUCAUCAUUAUAAUUAUUUUAAAAGUAUAUUUACCAUUAAAUAUCAACUUUAUGCAUCAAAUUUCUUGUAUCCAUGGGCGUAUGUAGCAUUGAAAUUACUUAUCAGACAAAAUACAGUAACAAUAAAGCAUAUGAUUUUAAAUUUG